CUCCAUCCUCCGCAGUCUCCUUCUCCUCCUCCCCGGCGCACUGACUGACUUCACUCUCAGAUCCAGCCCGAGCCGCUGACACCGUCUCCAUCAGCACGGGAGCACCACAGCAUGUGAAUGGCAGCAGAACGCGGCUGGGUUGUCACAGAGGAGCAGGAGGAGCUCUAUGCCCCCGGAGCCGUCACUCACGUGCACCGCGCGCACAGCACCCGGAGCCAGAGCCACAUCCACGUCCGCGUCCAGCCCCUGACACACACCGCCCAGCGGCAGGCUCCCCGCGUCUUCGCUCACACCAGGAGUCACGGCCGCUCGGUGUUCGGCGCGCCCUCGCACACACAGUCACAGAAGUACGGCUGCCGCCUCACGCACAGUCUCUCAGCCAUGACCCGGGGAGAGAGGGGAGUGCAGAGCUCUGCAGGGAAGCUCAUCAAGCCCAGUGAACCCCUGUUCCCCAAAACCUCCCACCAGACGGACCUGAGCCAGAAGUUGUCGUUAUGCAGCAAACUGUGUUUCGCCAUCGGCGGCGCCCCCAAGGAGGUGGCGUCCAGCGCCACAGCCUUCUUCCUGCAAAUCUACCUGCUCGAUGUCGCGCAGAUCAACGCCGUCCAGGCCUCCAUGGUGCUCUUCAUCGGUAAAGCCUGGGGCGCCGUCACCGACCCCAUCGUUGGUUUCUUCAUUACUAAGAGCAGAUGGACCAAGAUCGGGAGACUUAUGCCCUGGAUGUUAGGCUGCACUCCAUUCCUGGUGGUCUCGUACUUCUACCUCUGGUUUGUUCCUCCCUUCAGCAGCGGCCGGUUCGUCUGGUAUCUGGGCUUCUACUGCCUCUACCAGACCCUCAUCACGUGUUUCCAUGUGCCUUACUCUGCUCUCACCAUGUUCCUGAGCACAGACCAGAAGGAAAGAGACUCGGCCACCGCUUACAGAAUGACAAUGGAGGUGCUGGGGACGCUGGUGGGCGCCGCCAUCCAGGGCCAGAUUGUGGCCAGCGCUCACACUCUGAAGCACUGCCCCACUCACAACACGUCUGCCGGUUACCUAGGCAACAGCAGCGGGGCAGAGAUCGUGAAGAGCCUGGUGCACUCCCAGGACUACCUGUCACACGCUAAAGAAGUGUACAUGAUCGCCGCCGGAGUGAUUGGAGGAGUCUUCCUCAUCUGCACAGUCGUCAUGUUCCUGGGAGUCAAAGAGAGAGACGAUCCGUACGCCCCGAAGACGGAGAAGCAGAUCCCUUUCCAUCAGGCCUUCAUCCUGGUGAUGAGACACGGGCCGUACCUCACUCUCACCGCCGCCUUCCUCUUCAUCACCGUCGCCAUCCAGCUGAUUCAGAGCAACUUCGUCCUCUUCUGCACCUACGCCGCCGACCUGAGCGAACACUUCCAGAACAUCGUGCUGACCAUCCUGGUGUCGGCGGUGAUAAGCAUCCCACUGUGGCAGUGGUUCCUGCAGAGGUUUGGGAAGAAGACAGCAGCUUUCUGUGGCAUCACAUGGAUCAUGCCCUUCACCAUGAUGCUGGUGUUCAUCCCCAAUGUGGUGGUGGCCUACGUCGUGGCUGUCUCCUCUGGACUCAGUGUGGCUGCGUCACUUCUGCUGCCCUGGUCCAUGCUGCCAGAUGUGGUGGACGACUUCAGGCUGGCCAACCCUUUCUCUAAAGGCCAUGAAGCCAUCUUCUACUCCUUCUACGUCUUCUUCACCAAGUUCGCCGCCGGCAUCUCCCUGGGAGUGUCCAACCUCUGCCUGGAGUUCGCGGGGUAUGACACGGGCGCCUGCAAGCAGCCUGCUCCCGUGGUGUACACCCUGAAGCUGCUGAUCGGCGCCGCCCCCGUGGCUUUCAUCGUCACGGGGUUAAUGAUCCUGCUCCUCUAUCCCAUCAGCGAGGACGUGCGGCUCAGGAACAAACUCUGCCUGGAGGAGCUGCGGUGUGUAGAAAUCAUCAACGCACAUCUGAGGGAGAAACUGUAAACCGCUCGACCAACUUCACACUGACUUCCGUUUACUCGUUGCAAGCAGUUGAAUAAACGUCUGUGGCUCUGGAGUCCAACACCUUCAGCAGGGGCCUCACGGAACAAAAUGAACACAACUCUAGGCUGUGUCCAGUAGUUGAAGGUGUGCAGUAUCUAAAAUGAAAGUAGUGGACGGCUGUUGUGUUUACUGCUCAGUCUGAUCUGACUGUCGGGUUUUCUUCGAUAGCUACAUCUACAGCACAACCGCUCAUCAGUGAAAUGACAUGACUGUUAUUCUUUUAUUAGCUUGUUCUAAACGGUUUUAAAUAAUGUCACAUACUGUACCUUUAUACUGCAGUCAGCUGCAAGGCGAGUGUAUCGGAUUACCUGCAACGGGAUAUUACUGCGACUCUGAAGUUACAUUUUACCGUCAUUUUAAGCCAAAUACGAUAUGAUAGUGAUUCUUCAGCUGCAGUAUAAUGUUACUCCGAUACUGAAGUCAUGAUGUGAUAUCACAUUUACAACACAAUGCAAUAUUAUACCUUUCUUUUUUAAACUUUUUUGGGAAGAUGCUGUGUAUUGUAUUAUAAUUUUACUGCCUUUUUUCAGCUCCAAAUGAUUCUUUUUCUUAUAUCUGUUUUCCCCUGACGAAGAAAAAAAAAAAAAAAAAAACCUGUCAGAAACACACCGAACAAAUUUAUUCGUGUUGCAAAAUAUAUUUGGCGUCUGUGUAUCCUAAUAAGAUAUUGUGAUGCUUUACUGUGUCACUUUCCAAAAUCUACCCUCUGAAUAUUAAAAGAGUACCGAGUGGAAAGACAGAGAACUCAGAAAUGUACCCCGCUGCUCUCCACCUCUCCGGGCGUGUGUGUGUGUGUUUGUGUGUUUGAGUCGUCACUGAAACCGAUGUCUCUCACAGGAAGCAGAGCAGCCGCUCGGGCUCAGUGGACGAUUUGAGUAACGCGUGACCCGGAUCUUGAAUGGAGUGAUUUCACAAAGCCACAGAUUCCAGUAAUACAGCUGGAAGGUUGUUCAUUAGUGUAUAUUACACUGAGAAAUGGUUAAAUUGUUUUUAUGUAAACAUUUUUUGUUUGUUUUUCACAUGUACUGUAUAGUCAUCUUGAAUAUAUAUAAAUAUAAAUAAAUAUAUAGAAAAUUACCUUAUUUAUACAAAUGAAUGUAUAUCAUUAUUUGCUGUGUUUAGCUCUACAACACUGUUAUUUAUGAUUACAAAAGGAUUGAUGAUAUGAAAUGAAUAAAUGUUGUAGAGGUUGGUAGACA